GUGCUGAACUGCUUUAAGGCAUGAGGGAGAUCCCAGCUCUUUUGCUCACCAGUGUAAUCAGUGCUGUACUGGGGGUCCCAAAUGAAAGCAGUGUGCAAGGAUGUGCCAUGAUCUCCUCUCAGGGAGAACUCAUUCAGCACCAAGUGACAGAUGGCAGAGGGCUGGUGACAUCCACAUGGGACAGCAGGAGGCAGCUGGUGUCCUGCUCAGUGGAUAUGGAGGAGCAAGAAGUCCUCUCCUUUUUGUCCAGGUGCCUGGCAGAGAAGCAGCAAGUGCCUGGGGACUGGGGCAGUGUCAGGUUUGCUGAAGUCAGGCUGGCUUGCCAGAUCUUCCAAAGUGUCUUCUCACCCUGGGAUAAAGCAAACACCAUAGAGAGGCAUCUACACAGAGCCAAGAGGGGCUUCACUUACCCUGGGACCUUGUGGUGUGGCUCUGGGAACAUCGCAGAAUCCUUUGAUGAUCUAGGUGAGCAUAAAGAGACCGACACAUGCUGUCGAACACAUGACCAAUGUGAACAUGUCAUCCACCCAUUUUCCUACAAUUAUGGAUACAGAAACAUGCGUUGGCAUACGAUAAGCCACUGCCAAUGUGACGCCAAGUUUAAGGAAUGCCUCAGGAAAGUCAACAAUACAGCUUCUCGGGUUGUGGGACAGGCAUUUUUCAAUGUGAUCCAAGUUCCAUGCUUUGAGUUCACUUUUAAGGAGCUGUGUAUAGAGCGGCACUGGUAUGGCUGGUGUAAGACAUAUAGCAAUGAGAAAGUUGCAGUGUCCAAAGACUCCGGGCUCUAUGACUAUGGAGGAGAACUCAUUGAUCAUGUUACAGAAGGAGAGAAGAAGAAGCCCACGAUGCCACCAUUUGUGGAGCCUUUACCAGGGCAGCCCACUCUACGAAGUGUCGUGCUGGCCACAGAAGAUUUGUUGAAACUCAUGAUGACAGUCAGCCCAAGUACAUCAUCAGAUCUGUCCAAGGCAGAGAGCACCAUCAAGAAGAAGAAAAAGGAAAGAAAACACAAAAAUGGUAAAGGGCUCAAAGGAAAAAGGGGUAAAGGACUCAAAGGAAAAAGGGGUAAAGGACUCAAAGGAAAAAAGACUAUUCAGCUCGCGAAUGACAAUGUAACCUCACCGGCAAAAGUACUAUGGGGUGAAAAUAUUGUCAAAAAUGAAAUAAGGUUAUCUGAGAACCAGCAUGUGGACACAAUGCUUGACCUAGGAGGAAAACAAGAUCCGUUUAAUGAUGUCCUUAAUGAUGAACCCAUUAAAAAUGAAGUUACUCAUGUCCCGUUUCAAAACUAUGAGCAGUCCAUAAACACGACGACUAUCCUCCCUGAAGUGUUCAAACCAUUCUCUGAGAAGCCCCAGAAAAAGAGUCGCCCGGGAAGAAAGCAGAGAUAUCAAAGGAAUAAGAAACCAAAGACAGAUUCUUCUGUUCCUGAGGACCUAUAGUAAGCAAUGGGCUGCAUUAAACCCUCAGCAAUGUAUUCCUGAGCUUCUCUGGCUGAGGAGUUUCAAGGUUACUCAUGAGCUUACAUCACAAUAACCGAAUUGCUGCUAAUGAAUCCAUAUGAAUGAAUAAUCAGUAGCCAUAUUGCACACUUACAGGUCUGAGAAGAUCAUCCAACAUGUGCUUGUGCUUUACAUUGAAGUCGCUUAUAAAUACAGUUUUUGGCUAAUGA